GGUAAUUGUGUGCCUCCUGUGAAAACCACACCCUCACCUGUGAGGUGUGUCUGGCUGCUCUACACCUGGUUUCCCCCUAAAUGACUAAGAAACGAUAUGAAAAUACGUUUCAAUAGUUUCCUGCUUUUUCAGUUCCCUGCACUCCUGUGAAUAAGCCUACUCUUCUGAAAAAUGGUCAAAAAGAAACCCUGAAGUAUUUUUUGUACACGGGCUCUCGCAGUGGAGCCGAAAGGGAAGUAAACAUGAGAGACACGGGAGGAGAAGGAGCGGACGGAGACAAGCUCGGUAAAGCCGAGAAGGACCAGAGUUGGAUCCCCAAAAUCAUCAAGAAAAGAGUGUGCACCACCUUUGUAGAAGAUUCGUGCAGUAAUGGCGCCCUGUGCCAGUGCGGGGGUGUACGAGAUGACCAUGGCUCUGUGGCUCUCGGUGACUAUUUCAGCACAGCGAUUGUCAACCACUGGGACAGCGCCCAGCACUCCUCUGAGUACCCGACUGAUGCCUUUGGAGAAUUGCAGUUCGCAGGAGCCAGCAAGAGGCAUAGCUAUUUCCUGCGUAUGUCAUGGGACACUACCCCGUCUAUGGUCUACACCCUGAUGACAGCCCACUGGGGUCUUCCUUCGCCUAACCUGGUGGUUUCUAUAGUGGGCGGAGAAGGCAGGACAAAGGUGAAGACCUGGGUACGGGAGGUCUUGAGGCAGGGACUGGUGAAAGCCUCACAAAGCACAGGAGCAUGGAUCCUGACGGCAGGCUUGCGAGAAGGCGUUGGCAGGUGUGUUGGAGAGGCUGUGAGGGAUCACGCUACUGCAGCCUCGUCGGUGUCCCUCAACAAGGUGGUGGCUCUGGGUAUCGCUCCCUGGGGCCUGGUGCACAACCGAGAGCAGCUGGUCAACCCUCAGGGCAGCUUUCCUGCUAAGUACUACGUCCAGAACAUGUCCCAGGACUCCUGCUGCCUGGACAACAACUACCAGGCCUUCCUGCUGGUGGACGAUGGCAGUGUGGGGCGCAGAGCAGAGACGGGGUUCAGGGCCAAACUGGAGGACUACAUCUCCCACCAGCGCACAGGCAUCUGGGGCAGUGGCAGCAUUGACAUCCCUGUCAUUUGUAUGCUGAUAUCAGGGGAGGCUAACAUGCUGGAGAGAGUCGAUCUUUCUCUGAAAACCUCCAUGCCCUGGCUGGUGCUGGCUGGCUCAGGAGGCCUGGCUGACUUCUUGAGCGACGUCUUGGACAAUCUGUCAUCAGCCCCGGUUGUCCAGUCAUCCGGCGAGGGAGAAGGCGAGGCAGGUCCCAGCGUGGAUCUGAAAGACAAAGUGGCAGAACGGGUUAAAAAGCACUUCCCUUCCGAAGCAGAGACAGACAAACUAGUUGAACGGACUCUGAGCAUCUACCAGAACAGAGACUUCAUUACAGUCUACCAUGGAGAGCAGGAGGGCCCAAAUGACUUUGAUACAGUCCUGCUCAAAGCAUUGGUUGGAGCUAGUAAGCAUCGUGCGUCAGCUGAUGCCAGCCCUUACAAUGAAGAGCUGAAGCUAGCGGUCACAUGGAACAGGGUUGACAUUGCCAAGAGUGAACUCUUUAAUGGAGACAUUAAUUGGAGGUAUGAUGACUUGGAAGACUCCAUGACAGAUGCCCUGAUCAACGACAAGCCUCAGUUUGUGCGUCUUUUCACCGAGAACGGCCUCAACAUUCUGGACUACCUGACUUACGGCAGGCUGGAAAGCCUUUACCGCUCAGUGGCUGAUGGGACGGUGCUUUACCAUCUACUCCAGCGCCGCCUAGUGGAGCGGCUAGGAACUGUAGGCUUUUCCCAGACACCAAACCAGCAGGACUCGCCUUCCAAAGUUGCAGCAGAGAACAUGCAGAGCGGCCCAGUGACGGAGAUUAGCCUUUUUGAGGUUGCAAGGGUCCUGGAGCUGUUAUUGGGUGACGUCUGCCAGCCAUUUUACUAUGAUGCUCUGGACUUAGAACAGAUCUCAUCCAAGAGGAGAGCACUUAGGCAUGCCAGUAAGCUGCUGCGGGGAGACUGCUUGUAUCGGAAUAAGCGCUGCCUCUUCCCCUGGGCUUCACUCUUCAUCUGGUCCGUCCUCCAGAACCGCAACGAGAUGGCAACUUACUUCUGGGAAAUGGCAGGGGAGUCGGUGCUCAGUGCUCUGAGUGGCUGUAAGAUUCUGAGGGAACUGUCCAAGCUGGAGAUUGAGGCAGAGACCAAACUGUCCAUGAAAGAGCUGGCCCAGAGGUUUGAGAACCUGGCACAUGACAUAUUCAGCUCUUGCUAUCGGAGCAAUGAGAGUCGCUCUUUCACCCUACUGAUUAGGAAAUCUCCAGUUUGGGGUGGUACCACCUGCCUCCAGAUGGGCAUGGGCGCUGACGCACGACUAUUCUUCAGCCAUGAUGGAGUACAGUCUCUAUUGUCCCAGAUCUGGUGGGGUGACAUGAAGAGGAACACGGAGGUGUGGAAGCUCCUGGUCACCUUCUUCUGCCCCGUCCUCUGCUACACCAACCUCAUCUCCUUUAGGAAACAAGACGACAACUAUCAAGGGGAGGAGGAGAAGCCUAACGAGGACUUACAGGGCAAGGACAGCGACAGCCUCUAUGGCCACACCGUCUUCUCUUUCUCUGACAUCAAGCACAUUGAAGCUGAUACACAAGGAACCAUGACUCCCAGGACAGCAAAAAUUAAAGGCAUUCCCCACUCUCACAGACCACCAAAACGUCCGUACAUAGUGUCAAGAUGGCGUCAGUUCUGGUUUGCGCCUGUCACUGCAUUUUUGGGCAACGUUCUGAUGUACUUCCUGUUCCUCCUGCUGUUUGCCUACGUGUUGUUGGUGGACUUCAAGCCCCCGCCGCCCUCUGGUCCGGCCAUCACUGAGUAUGUGCUGUACUUCUGGGUGUUCACCAUCGUGUGUGAGGAGAUACGGGAGACAUUCUUUUUGGGCACGAUGACUUUGCGUAUGAGGCUCAGAGUGUACAUUCAGGAUGUGUGGAACAAGUGUGACCUCAUUGCCGUCGUGCUGUUCAUUCUGGGAGUAAUCUGCAGGAUGUUCACAUGGUCGUAUGGAUUUGGCCGGGAUGUCCUGUGUGUGGACUACAUGGUCUUCACCCUCCGUCUCAUUCACAUCUUUGCCAUUCACAAACAGCUGGGACCAAAGAUCAUCAUUGUUGGCAAGAUGAUGAAGGACAUCUUCUUCUUCCUUUUCUUCCUGAUGGUGUGGCUAAUGGCAUACGGAGUGGCCAAUCAGGCUCUGCUUUACGCCUAUGACCCGAGUUUGGAUCGCAUCUUUCGCCGUGUUUUCUACAGACCGUACUUGCACAUCUUUGGACAGAUCCCUGUGGAAGAGAUGGACGUGGGGAAGCAGUGGGACAUGCCCUGCACAGACAACGUGACAUUGAUUGAGAGCGGUGCGGAGCCGUGCAGGACUCUGUAUAGUAACUGGCUGGUGGUAAUUCUGCUGAUUGUUUAUCUGCUGGUCACCAACAUCCUGCUCAUCAACCUCCUCAUCGCCAUGUUUAGUCACACCUUCUCUGAAGUGCAGGCUAACAGCGACAUCUACUGGAAGUUCCAGCGCUACACCCUGAUAGUUCAGUACCACUCCCGUCCUUCCCUGGCUCCUCCUUUCAUCAUCCUCUCUCACAUCAAUCUCUUUAUCAAGAGAAUCAUUCGCAAAGUGCCCUCUAUCAAGAUCCACCACUUUGUAUUGCAGCUAAGAGGGAAAGCAGCCAACAAGCUAAUGACGUGGGAAACCAUUCAGAAGGAGGACUUCUUGACUGCCCAGAACAAGAUUCAGAAAAGCAGUGACUCAGAGAGGCUCAAACGGAUGUCUGUCAAAGUGGACGGUGUGCUGAAAAAUAUGACUGAAAGCAGAGACUUUGACUGCAGGCUGAGGGCUCUGGAGAAUGAGAUGGAGUACUGCUCAAAUGCUCUCAGCUGGAUUGUGGAUACUUUGGCACAAGGCAGCACGUUCAAACCUCCUCGUCCUCCUCCUACAUCAAGAGAUUCUUUCCUCUCUUCCAAUUCCACCUGAUCCAGCCGUGGUGAUGCCUUCACUUGCUCAGGGCCGGUAUGACACAAUAUUUUAGUGCUUUUACUUUGGCUGCUUCCUUGCUACACACCCACCAGCUGACUGUAUGUCAGCUAUGUUCAUCACUGAACUCAGUUACCAAAUAUGUUUACUUGUUCUGAACUGAAAACAAGUGUAGCAGCCAUCUGUUUUUGUUACAGUGUUGAUUAAAUGCAAAAGUUGACAUUUUAUGUGUGCAAUUGAUUGUAUUUUAAUGCCAAAGUCAAGUAUGUGUAUUUAUGAUUCAGCAUGAUGUAUUUUAUGGAUUCUAUUUCUCAAUGUCAUUAUGUCUUCAGUGCUGUACUUUCAAGCUGACUGCUGGAAUUCUGUUUUUAAGGUUUUUAUGUGGAUUUUUACUGCUAUAUUGAAACUGAUAAUUAUUACAUUCACUGCACAUUACUGUUGUAAUACUUUUGUGUUCUGUUACUUCUUGUCAACCGUAAAUGUUAAACCAUGUAUUUGUUAUGCUACAUUAUUUU